CGCCGCCGUAGGGGGAGCGGGCAGGCCCCCUCUUCCCCCCCCCCCCCCCGCCUCCCCCGGUCCCCGCUCCCGCCGCCGCCAUGGAGGUGUUCAUCCCGUCCUUCCGCUACGAGGAGAGCGAGCUGGAGCGGGGCUACACGGUCUUUAAAAUAGAGGUGCUAAUGAGUGGAAGAAAACAUUUUGUUGAGAAGAGGUAUAGUGAAUUCCAUGCUCUUCAUAAAAAGCUCAAGAAGUUUAUAAGAACACCAGAAAUCCCUUCAAAGCAUGUCAGGAACUGGGUCCCAAAGGUCCUGGAACAGCGACGGCAAGGCCUGGAGUUGUACUUGCAGACAGUCAUUUUAGAGAAUGAAGAACUCCCUAAAAUAUUUCUUGAUUUCCUGAAUGUUCGCCAUGUACCUACUCUGCCAAAAGCAGAAAGCUGUGGCUCAUUUGAUGAAACAGAAUCAGAAGAAUCAAGCAAACUGUCCCACCAGCCUGUGCUGCUGUUCCUAAGGGAUCCAUAUGUCUUGCCUAAAGCCAACGAUGACUUUCCAAAUGUAGUUAUAGAAGGCAUUCUGCACGGAAUAUUUUAUCCUCAUCUACUGCCCAGGUAGAAGUGGCAUAUGGCUAGAAGAAGCUGAAGCAAGUCUCCAAGUCAUGUUCAAUGGAAUUAAUGGGAAUAAAAUUCUGAAAUGUGAUAAUUAUGCUCACAAGAGGGACAGCCUCAGUUGAAAUUCAAGCGUUAUAUCUUUUUAUGGUAAAAAUCAGUGUCAUAACUGCUGCUUUUUUUUUUUUUAAAAAAAAAAAAGAUAUGGAAGCAACAGUACUGAAGUUAUUUAAACCUUAUCUCUAGACGUGCUCUAUUUAACACUAAAAGCUGAAGUAAGUCAUACACUGAAUUACACUAAACUUUGAAAAGAAUUGAAAGUUUUACUAAUUAUUUCUGGAUUUCUGUCAUAAAUUACACUAAACCUUUGUGCACUAGGAUUUUACCCAGCACAUUACCCAUUGCUGGCAGUGGACAGAAAGUGCUGGCACUGAACAGAGUAUGUGAGAGAUUGCAAAGAAGUGAUUUUAAAAGCAAGAAAAAAAAUGGAAAGUAACUUAAAAGUAUUUUGUUCGUUUUUCUUAAGUUAUUUUAAAAACUGCUCCUUAAUAUUAGGUUGGAAAAGAGCCAAUGCAUGUAUAUGGAGAGUUUCUAUUGGAAAACAGGCUUGUAUGUUUUGAAAUACGUAGCUCUCUUCCAGGAAGUUGUCUAGACUUCAUCUAAAGGAUUUUAUCUACCAGAUUUUUACAUGGCAUUUAUGAAUCUCAUUCAGUUAUGACAUCUUAUGUGUGUGCAUGUUUACUCUUCAAGUCAACUUGCAGACUGUGUUCCAUAUCUUAACAUUUUAUGAAUCAGUGCAUAUGAUUUUGUGGUAAGCUGAAGCAAGAUUAAGUAGUAAAAUAAUAAACUAAAAUGCAUAUAUAUGUUCAGAUUUAACUGGAAAUUUGUGUGUUACUGAACAUUACAAAAUAAAUUACUAGAAAAUGAA